GGGAACUUUAUUUUUGGACGGACGAAAAAGGAAAGUGAGAACUUUAUUUAUGGAAGGAGGGAGUAUAUAUAUAUAUAUGGGAAAAAAGAUGCGCAGAUGGGAAACCUUUGGAGAGGAAGGUGGCGCUCGGGUUUAUGCCGCCGGAACAAAUCGAGAACUUAGGCAACAAAUUCCCCGGCGUUUAAACAACAAUUACAGCUUCCAAGGGGAACGACGAAGAGAUGGGAGCUCCUAUGUAAGCAAUUUCAUCCGGAAAGAUGGCAUCUGGCAUCGCGACGGCUUCUGGUCCUGGGAACAAAAUCGCAGAGGGAACGCUGAUUGGAGAUCCAGAUGCCUUUACAGAAGCAGGGGGUUCACUGAGUGUCGUGCUCCUCCGUGGACGGCGAACAGAUUUGACAGAAAGGGUCAGUUUCUACCCGCGCAUAAGGAAGAACGAAAGCAAUACCAUUACAGAGAGAGACGCAUCAACAAGAGUCCCACUGGCCGUUGCGUACAUAACCGAAGGCACUUUCACCCACUUCAGGGCUUCAACCCUACAGGACAGAAAAGGAGAACUCGGGGUCUGCAAAAUGAGAAGCACGAGGUCAACUUCGAAGAUGUAAUCUCCAAAUACAUUGGUCCUUUCUCCUUACAAUUUGGACUAUUUUCCAUUGUCAUUGAAAGCAAAAGGUUUGACUUUCACUUCAAUGAAGUUCUAAACAUCUCAGAGUGUAAAAAGGGAGCGGUGCACACCAUUAUCCUUGUCCUGCACUCUGACUUCGUGGCUGAUCGAGAGUAUAGAGCUUCUUCUAUGGGCAGAGAGAUCCUGGUCACUGAGCAAGUUUGAACACGAACACUCCUUGAAGGUCACUUGGCUCACGAACAGAAAUGGGGAUUACGUUAAGAUUGCUUCUGUUUAUGAAGGCGUAAAAUCAAUGAUUUGCAUCCCAGUUGGAAGAGAACAAUCAAGCUUAUUUCUGUUCAUUAAGGCGAUUCGUAAGGCUCAGGCAACCUUAUAUCAAGCCUUGGAGAAUACACCUCAACUAUGCAAAGAAGGCAACCCCCUUUCUAAUAAUGAGGUGGAAGAUUUUCGACUUGGAAUUACAGAACUGUCUAGGGAAAAGGCAUUCUCAGGAGAUCAACACAAUACUUCCAUUCCAGGGAUUUCGAAGGUCUUGACAGAGAAAGAGGAAGUCACCACUUUAGUUUUAAACUCAGAUGAACAAAUAAUUAUUGACGGUCUAUUAAGGAUAGCUCCGGAUGUGCAAGAUCCAAAAAUGGAUGGACCUAUUCAUACGGAACUAGAGCUAAAGUGGAUGGAUGAAAAAGAGGAUGAUGCGGCCAGAGGAGAUUACCAUAAGGAAUUUGAGGUUCUCUUACCUUUGUUUGAGAAACACAUCAGCGACGAUUUUGAGCAAUCAAUUUGGGUCAUUAAGGAUGCGCUAAGAUCCCCAUUCAUUAAGGAGAAGAUUCAGAAGGGUUUAGUCAAAACUCUGGAGGGUAAGGCACUAAAAGCGACAAGAGAUGCGAUGAAGAGCACUCAGUGCAUCAGGGCUAUCAAACUGAAAGGUACUAGACAUCCAGUCCUAUUAUCCUGUGCCAACAUUGAUGAACCAAUAAUAACAACCAUUUGUGGUCAUCUCGUCGACUACGAAUGAUUUGGAGUAGGUUGAAUGCUACUUUAUGGAUUAUUGUAUUUUUAAGAACUAUGAUGGGAAGUUUCAGAAUGGGAUGUUUUUACUUUGCUUUAUGGCCUUUGCUAAGCAUGGA